UCAGGGGUUUGUUGUUGUGUUGUUGUUGUUUUUUUAGCAAGAAACUGGGACUUCAGCAUAUGUUGUAAGUAUUAGGUGGGAUUGGAGAUUAUGAGAGGCAAGGAUUUUUAGGAUUUUUAGGAUUAGGACUCUGUUUCUGUGUCUGUGGGUGUUUGGAAGCUGUCUAAAUCUGGAAUGAUGUCUACAGGACCAGGAAAUAAAUGGGGUUUUAGUGGUAUCUGGUAUUGCCUGAAUUUAGAGGGACAGUAUGUACUGCAGAGUUCAGCAAAAUUUUUUCCAUAAAGGGUCAUAUAAUGAGUAUUUUAGGCUUUGCAGGCCGUAUGUCCUCUGUUGCAACUACUCUGCCGUCAUAGCAUGAGAGCAGUCAUAAACAAAUGAACAUGUUUCAAUAAAACUUUAUUUGCAGAGACAAGAAAUGGGCCGGUUGGGCACGUGGCUCCAAGUAGUAUGACGAGGAGUCAGCAAAUUGCUUUCACUGGUCUGUAAACAUGUGGAAGGUUCGAUAUUGAAAGGGUGUGUAGGUUUCAAGAUGUCUGGAGGGAGAUGGGCCGGGGAAGGAUCAAGGCUGAGGGAUUGACCCUGUUGGUCCCGCAGUGGAAUGUGGUUGUGUCGGACUCCUUAGCAAAAUUGCCUCCUCAUUAGGUCAUGCACACAAAGUCACUGCAAAAUAAAAGUUACUUUUACGAGCCCUAAAUUGAAAAGUCUAGAAACCAAGUUUGAAAGCCUGGUUUUGUGCUGUAUAAGCACAUUUCCCCACGCUGAGCCUCAAACUCAGCAAGUUGUGAGCAACGCGAGGAAACUAGACCAAAACAGGCCUUUUCAUCUCAGGAGUCUGGUGGCUAUGCUUAAGGAAAUUACCUGCGUGAUUUUGGUGCGAGUGUGUAAAUUCUCUGCACACACAGCUUUCAGAGAUUCUCAGAGAGACUCAUGACCCAAACCAAGUGAAGAGCUGAUUUCUUACGGGCCUGUCUGACUCUGACCUCUGAUUUUCUUUCCCCGCCCAACCCACCUUGUUCCUUCGUUCCUUCCUCCGUGGGCUCAAGCAGCCAUGGCUGUGGGCAGGGCUGGGAAUUCUUAUCUUUUCAGGGACUUUUUACUGGGUGAGCAAAUCAGAAAAGGAAGUACUGUCUGUCAGUUGGUACUUUCACUUCUGUUUAAAGGUGAGGCAGCUGGAGGCCUCUGGAUCGGGAGUGAAACCAGUCAGCUCCGGUCACAUUCUCGGUUUUACAAGAGCAGGUCCCAUCACCUCUGCAGCCCUCCCUUUGCUCACCUGCGCCAGAGCAGGAAGAAGUUCUUAGUGGGCUGAUUUGGUCUGUCCCCUCGGGUGGCCCCUGGAGCCCCCCACCGCCAUCCGGGUCCUGCGAUGUGGUGAACCAGCCUGCCUGUCUGCCGCCUUUCCCCAGAAUGGACCGAGGUGGCCUCUUGCCCUUCCAGCUGUGGUGCCCUCGGCCCUUUGGCACCUACUCCCAGAACCAGCCGCGCCCGCCUUCCGCAGCGCUCAAGCCAGCCUCCUGCUCCGAGCCAGGCAGUGGGGCGGAGCCAGAUCAUGGUCCCGCCCACUCAGAGAACACACCCCCGGCCUUGGCCGCCGAGGCGCCCGCCUCCCAGCCUGCCCCACUCCUUUCCGCAGCAGCUGCUGGCGACGAGGGUCGAGUCCUGCUGGACACGUGGUAUGUCAUCAAGCCUGGCAAUACAAAGGAGAAGGUGGCCUUCUUUGUGGCCCACCAGUGUGGUGGGGGCAGCCGGGCCAGUUCCAUGAAGGUCAAGGGGCACUGGGGCAGUGACAGCUCCAAGGCCAAGCGGAGGAGGCGCUGUCUUGAGCCUACUAAGGCUCCGCCGGACCCAGGGGGACAGGACGGGCCCCCUCCUGCUGAGGGGGCCCUGGCCUCAGCCAGCGAGGAUGUAGACCUGCUCUCUGUGGCCGAGAUGGUGGCCCUGGUGGAACAGCGGGCCGCCCUGGCCUUGCAGAACUACUCGCGCCCCAGCGCUCCAGCACCCGUGGUCUUUGUGUCCGCUGAGCAGGGCGGGCCUGCCAAGGGGCUGGGGUCCGAGCGGCGAUCGGGUGGUGGGGACUGCAGCCGGGUUGCUGAAGCGGUGGCCCACUUCGAGGCCCAGCGGGACAGCCCUCCAUCCAAGGGCCUCCGCAAGGAGGAGCGGCCUGGGCCAGGCCCCGGGGAGGUGCGCAUCGCCUUCCGGAUCUCCAACGGUCGAGAGCCCCGGGCGCCGGACGGCGGCCUGCCCAGUGGGAGCGGGGGCCGGCCAGGUUGUGCCUACCCUGGCAGCCCUGGUCCUGGGGCCCGGGCCAAGGACAAGAUCACCUGCGACCUUUACCAGCUCAUCAGCCCGUCUCGGGACGCCCUGCCCAGUAACGUGGAGUUCCUGCUGGCCAGGGCGGAUGAAGCCACCGAGGGUGAGAGCCCAGCCCCCGCCAGACCCGAGGACACGCCCCCGGCCCCCCCUCCCCCCCCUGCCCGGGACUGUGGCGCGUCAGGCUUCCAUGUGGAUGUGGUGGUUACGGGCGUGGUGGAUGAGUGCAUCUUCUUUGGCAAGGACGGCACCAAAAACGUGAAGGAGGAAACGGUGUGCCUGACGGUCAGCCCCGAGGAGCCGCCCCCACCCGGCCAGCUCUUCUUCCUCCAGCCCCGGGGACCCGACGGGCCCCCCGAGCCACCCCCGGCCGACGCGCCGGCCGCCGCGCCAGGCCCGGAUAAUGCCGAGGGGACGACGGACACUUCCCUGUGCCGCCUGUACCGGCACGUGUCGCACGACUUCCUGGAGAUCCGCUUCAAGAUCCAGAGGUUGCUGGAGCCGCGGCAGUACAUGCUGCUGCUGCCCGAGCACGUGCUGGUCAAGAUCUUCAGCUUCCUGCCCACGCGGGCCCUGGCGGCCCUCAAGUGCACCUGCCACCACUUCAAGGGCAUCAUUGAGGCGUUCGGCGUGCGGGCCACAGACUCGCGCUGGAGCCGCGACCCACUCUACCGCGACGACCCUUGCAAGCAGUGCCGCAAGAGAUACGAGAAGGGCGAUGUGUCGCUCUGCCGCUGGCACCCCAAGCCCUACCACCACGACCUGCCUUACGGACGUUCCUACUGGAUGUGCUGCCGCCGAGCCGACCGCGAGACGCCCGGCUGCCGCCUGGGUCUGCACGAUAACAACUGGGUGCUGCCCUGCAACGGGCCAGGCGGUGGCGGCGGGGCCCGGGCCGGCCGGGAGGAGGGGAGGUGAAGCCGGGGGAGGGGGGGGGGAAGAGCCCACCAUGCCCACCCCCACCCCCUCCCCCGAGGAGCCAAGGGUCAGGACUGGGGUCCCCGGCCCACACCCCUCCUCCAGGCAUCGUUGGGCCCCCCUCCAGAACUGAGAUGGGAUUCGGGGGGAUGACCCGAGAAAGCACUCUGAUUGAUCCCUGGUGGUUUUAUACUCUGCAGACGCUCAAGUUGGGUGUUUUGGUUGUUGGUUUUUUUUUUUUUUUUUUGAAUCAGAAUCAGCAUCUCAAUUUCUUCUCCAUUCAGCCCCAGUGCCCUCCUUGCCCCUCACUCUCCAUACCCCAGGGACCCACCAGCAGGGAGCAGAUGGCAGCUAAUUUUGGUACUACUUAAGGGUUCCCCCAUUCUGGCCCCCUUCCGCUCCCUCCCCCAACUCUUUCUCUCUGGAGCUGUUUUCUCCCAAGAGGCUGUAGCACCCAAGGUUGGUACCCUUCCUAACCUAUGACACCAGGGCUCACCUCCUCUUUAGGAGAUGGGGGCCAUCAGAUCAUCCGAUCACAUGGCAGCCUACCAUUUCUAGACACUUUCUCCCAUUAAAACAAUAAAAAAUGUUUUCUCCUUA